CGAAGCCAUGGGCCUCUUUUCAACCUAUUACUCCUUCGGCCUACCCACCUUUGCUGCGGUAGUUGUCGCUCUGUACUUGCUCUUCACAGACUCUGGAGAAGCCUUCAAUGUCGGUGCUUUCUUGGAGCAAACAAGCCCGUUCGUAUGGGGCUCGGUCGGCAUCGGCUUGUGUAUCGGCCUGAGUGUUCUGGGUGCGGGAUGGGGUAUCUUCCUCACGGGUGCUUCAAUCAUCGGUGGUGGUGUUCGAGCACCCCGUAUUUCCACGAAGAACCUCAUCAGUAUCAUCUUUUGUGAAGUUGUCGCCAUCUACGGUGUCAUCAUUGGCAUUGUGUACUCGUCAAGGCUGACCAAUGUUCCCGAGCAUCUUCUUUAUACCCGCGAGAACUACUACACUGGUUACGCCCUCUUCUGGGGUGGUUUGACAGUCGGCGCAUGCAACUUGCUUUGCGGUGUCUGUGUCGGCAUUACAGGCUCGACCGCCGCGUUGGCUGAUGCUGCUGACCCCAACCUGUUUGUCAAGAUUCUGAUUGUGGAGGUCUUUGGAAGCAUUUUGGGUUUGUUCGGUUUGAUCGUUGGCCUGCUCAUGACUUCAUCUGCCAAAGAGUUCAUGGCUGCGGCGGAGUCGAAUAGCAUCAACGCCUCUAUAAUGUCUUACUAAGUGUGUCUAUUCUUAGCACGAGUUAAUCAUAGCUAUCUGUGCUUGCCGCAGUUCUCGGGGUUAUUUCGGCCAAGCGGCAAGCAGGUAUGAUACUACUGUGACGUCGUUUGGAGAAACAUGACGAAACGUCA